AUGCGCUACGGCUACCACGACGCCUCGUGCUUUGGCCACGCGCUGGAGGGCAACCUGCACCUUGUGUUCAGCCAGGGCUUCCGCAACAAGGAGGAGGUGCAGCGGUUCAGCAACCUGAUGGAAGAGAUGUGCCACAUCGUGGCUAACAAGCACAGCGGGUCCCUCAAGGGAGAGCACGGCACCGGGCGCAACGUGGCGCCCUUUGUUGAGAUGGAGUGGGGCAGCAAGGCGUACGAGCUGAUGUGGGAGCUCAAGGCCAUGUUUGACCCCGACUUUGUGCUUAACCCGGGCGUCAUCCUGAACCGCGACCCCGACGCCCACAAGAAGUUCCUCAAGCCCUCACCGGUGGCGUCAGACCUGGUCAACCGCUGCAUCGAGUGCGGGUUCUGCGAGUCCAACUGCCCCAGCCGUGACAUCACCCUGACGCCGCGGCAGCGCAUCGCCACGUACAAGGAGAUCAGCCGCCUCAGGGGGCUGCCCUCCAGGACGGCCGAGGAGACCGCCAGGCUGUCAUCUUUUGAGAAGUCCUUUGAGUAUGACGGUAACGCGACCUGCGCGGCGGACGGCAUGUGCCAGGAGAAGUGCCCGGUCAAGAUCAACACGGGGGACCUCAUCAAGAGCCUGCGCUCCCAGGAGCUGUCCCACAGCGGCGCCGCGACGGGCACGGGCAUGUGGCUGGCGAACAACUUCAGCCUCAUCAACAGCAGCGUGCCCACCCUGCUCAACGCCGUCAACGUGGCACACAAGGUGAUGGGCCCCAAGCCCCUGGAGGUGGUCAGCCGCUGGAUGAACAAGAUGACGGGCCACUUUGUGCCGGUCUGGAACCCCUACAUGCCCAAGGGCGCCUCGCCGCUGCCGCAGCCGGCCGCGCCCGCCGCCGCGACGGGCACCGACCAGUCCGCGCGCGCCAUCCCGCGGCGCGUGGUGUACGUGCCGGCCUGCGUGACGCGCAUGAUGGGGCCCAGCAGCUCGGACUACGAGACCGCCUCGGUCCACGAGAAGCUCAUGAGCCUCUUCUCCAAGGGCGGCUACGAGGUGAUCUACCCCAAGAACCUGUCGUCCCAGUGCUGUGGCAUGAUGUUCAACAGCAGGGGCCUCAAGGACGCGGCGGCCAAGAAGGGCGCGGAGCUGGAGGCGGCGCUGAUGGAGGCCAGCGAGGGGGGCAAGAUCCCCAUCGUCUGCGACACAUCGCCCUGCCUCUCACAGAUCAAGGCGGGCAUCAGCGAGCCGAGCCUGCGGUUUGCGCUGUACGAGCCCGUUGAGUUCAUCCGCCACUUCCUGGUGGACAAGCUGGAGUUCAAGAAGCUGUUGACAUGA